AUGAAAGAAGCCAUGGUUCAGGCAGAAGAAGUGGCUGUUGAGAUUACCAAGAAGCUGGAGAAAAAGGAGAAGAAGCGCUUGAAGGAGAAGAAACGACUGGCUGCGCUUGCACUUGAGGCUUCAGAAAACAAUGGCACUCUUGAAGAUCAGGAAUGUGAGGAAACCGAAGAAAAACCCAAAAAGAAGAAAAAGAAAAAGCCCCAGGAGGCUCCACAGGAGAACGGAAUGGAAGAUCAGUCCAGCUCUGCUCUCCCUAAACCCAAGAAAAAGAAAUCUCUGUCCAAGGAACUGGUCAGCAGUGACUUUGAAGAGCCUGUUGACCCAACUGUAAAUGCAAAAGUCCCAAAGAGGAAGAAAUCUUCCUCCAGAGAGGAACCAGAAGACCCUGAAGAGGUUGCAAACAGCGUCCCAAAGAAAAAGAAGAAGCUUUCUAAGGAGGAGCCCGUCAGCAGUGGACCUGAGGAGGCCGUUGACAAGAGCACUAAGAAAAAGAAAAAAAGCACCCCAGGAAGAUUAACAUGGACAUUCCCUGGGGAUGUGAAGGGCAUACCCAAAUGUUGCCCAAUAAAAAACUGUUUACAAAAGUUGACCCUAGACCUCAGGCUUACAAGCCCCUCCCGACUGGAGCAGCCCACGGCGGCAGGGACCAACAUGGGGGUUGGGGAAAACUAA